CUCUAUAUGAAGGCCGAGUUUACUCAAUUUCAAAUUUCGGAGUAGGACAACCAAUUGGAGAGUAUCGUCCAACAAAUCAUGCAUACAAGAUCAAUUUUUCAGCUUUGACCAUUCUUAAAGAAUUGGAGAUUCCCAGUUUUCCUAUCUACCGUUACAACUUUGCAUCUUAUGGUGAUAUUCUUUCAAAUAAUCUUGAUGGAAAUUGUUUAGCAGAUGUGAUUGGAAUUGUUACUAAAGUUUCUAAACUACGAAUUAGUGAGAGAAAUGGAAAAAUGAAGAAAAGCAAUAUUAUUGAGUUGGAAGAUCUGGAACAAAAGAGUUUGAGUUGUACUUUAUGGGAUGAAUAUGCCGAUGAGAUUCAUACCUAUAUAUCUAAACCCAAAGACACUCCAACGAUUCUUAUAAUACAAUUUGGAAAAAUUAAAACAUGGGAAGGUGCUAUGAUUCUUUCAAGUUCUCUUUUCGCAACUAAACUUCUUUUUAAUGCAAAUAUUGAUGAAGUAAAAGCAUUUAAUGAGAGUGUAUGUGAAGGAGGGAGAGCAACGUCCGAGAGACUAACUCAGACGUUUAGCCAAGCCCCUUAUACAAUCGAGGAUGAAUUCUUGCAAUCAACUGAUAGGAAACGAAUUGAUGAAAUUCGUGAGACUCAAGAGGUACGUAAUUGUGUUGCAUUGACAACAAUUAUCUGCAUUGAAUCUUCUUACGGAUGGUGGUACAACGCCUGCAAGAAAGAUUUUAAAAAGGUUCAAGAAAUCAAAGUGGUGGUGUGAUAGUGCAAUGCCUAUGUGGACUACUUCGUUCCAAGAUAUAAAGUGCAAAUUAGAGUGGUGGAUGAUACUGGAAAUGCUUCAUUUGUCCUAUUUGAUUGUGAGGUAGCACAAAUCGUAGGAAAAUCUGCAGAAUUUUUAAGGGAGCACUAUGCAAAAGACGAUGAAGGAGAUUCAAUUCCUGCAGAGUUGAAGAAAAUGUUGGAUAAAAGGUAUCUCUUCAAGAUUAAGAUAUCUGAGUAUAAUCUCCAUCAAAAUUGGCCCGUCUUUACGGUGACCAAGAUGACAGAUGAUGAGAAAUUGAUCAAUGCAUUCCUUAAAUCAAGCGCUAGUUCACAAGAACAAGAGGAAGAAGAAGAAACUUCAAAAGCGAAUAUUUCUGGAGGAUAUGAAGAUGAUGCGAGCAAGGAGCAUGAAAAUGAUAACACCUCUGACAUAUGUUCAAAUAGUUGCAUUACUCCUAAUCAGAAAAGAGUUUUCCAAGAUUUAGGAGAGACGAAUGGACAAUGUCUAACUUCGGCGGAGAUGUCUACCAGCAAAAGCAGACGGAUUAUUGUGGUGAAGAAAGAGAAAGACGAAAUAUAAUAUAAGAGCUCAUUUGAUUAUGCACGAGUAGUUUCUUUAUUUUAUUUUUUUCUUUUUUUUAGGGGAAGCACUUCAAUAAGAUAGUUUUAGGAUGUUCUUUUUUUUUUUUCUUUUUUUUUUCGGUCAUUCGGUACGAAGACUCCUAAAGAAGUGAAGUAUUGUUUUUCAAUUGAUUAUGUACGUUGAUUAAUAAUACUCUUUUAUCUGUUCUUGCAAUUAUAAUGUCAUAAUUGCCUCAUUUCCAUGGA